CCGUGCGUGUCAGGAAGUAUGACGUAACCAAAUCUGCAAAUGAAACCUACGGAACAGAAAGUAAAGUUUAUUGAGUUGUUGAGCUGGCAGUGAAACGACUCCUCAGUUACGUUCUCACAGAGUUGCAGAUCUUUGCAGGACCUGAGCAACAUCCUCUCUCAGCCACAUUCUUAAAUCAAGAUGUCAGUGCAGUUCUCUGGCUGGGAGGUGGUCGACGAUGGCGCUUCAUUUCCUGGUGUGGAGCUGGGCCCAUCACAGACACCUCAGAACCGGGGCAUUUACGCUAUGUACCACGGGACCAGUGUUGCCAGUGCACGGCUCAUCAUUGCCAAUGGUUUUAAACAGUCAACAGGUGGCAUGCUGGGACCAGGCGUGUAUGUCAGUCGUGAAAUGAAAAAGGCAUCUAAUUAUCCAUUGAAAAGUAACCCUUCAGACCGUGUGGUCCUUAACGUACGUGUGCGUGUUGGCUGUGUCAAGCGGAUUGACAAGGACAACCAUCCUAUGCAAAAAACCUGGCACUCACAUGGCUAUGACACAGCCUGGGUGCCCCCCAAGUGUGGCAUGAAAUCUGUGCCCAGCGGCCUAGAGGAAGACUGUGUUUUUGACCCCAAAAGAGUGAAGGUGGUGGGCAUAGCAAAGGCACCAAACACCAACGUAGAGAAGGAGCUAAAGCAGCUUCUAGGAAAAAAGUCCGAAACUUGUGCUACUGUGGACGUCUGCUCGCUGUGUAAGAGGAAGACGCAGAAGGGUUCUCUACACAUCAAGCAGCAGUGCUGGGAGUGUGGGAAAAACAUCUGCAUUCUCAUGUCCAAGCAUUACUGUCCAUCUAAACCCUGACAUGAAGACAUAAGAAGGUUACCAGUUUAUAAUAAAUCUUUAACUGUAUUAUAUUCUCUGAUAAUCAUCAUUAUGAUUAUGUGUGGUAAAGAUGAUUGCUUUAUGUGAUGUAAAACUUUUAACUGUUAUAAUACUCUCAUGAUUGUGAUUUACUGAAAUGAUUUAAAUUCACUGAACACUAAAUUAUGUAACACAUGUAAAACCAAUAAAUGUCAUUAUUAUA